AUGACCGCCAUGACAUCGAAACUUGAAUGUUAUAAUCAAACGAUAUACAAGUUUAAAAUUAUUCGUAUGCAUGAAUUAAACUGUCACGUGUAAUGAAGAACAUGUGAAACAAUCUCAGGAAUUUGGAGGUUAGGUUACCAACACAAGACCCGAACUUUGCUGUAAAUAAUGGAUACGAAAGUGUCCAAGAAUAGAAAGAAGCGAGUAACGGUGAAACCCAAGAAACCUCCAAAUCCGUUGUUUGAAAAAUGGCUAGAAGAGUGGAAGAAUGAAGCCGUUUCUAAAAAUUCAGAUCUGCAGUACUGUUUCGGAAGGGCGCUGUCCUCAUUGAGGAAAUAUCCCCUUCCACUGAAGAGUGGCAGAGACUGUGGAGUUCUAGAUUAUUUCGGAAACAGAAUAUGUGUCAUGUUGGACAGCAAACUUGCUGAAUACAGGAGAACUCAUCCAAAAGGAACAGAUGAGAAGUGCAAUGGCAUGGGUACCCAUGUGACUACCAGCCCAAUAGCUUGCAACAGCAGUCAGAGUAAGCCAGGGAAGAAGGAGAAAUCAGACAUCAGUACACAUGUUCGGAGGAAUAAGCAAUAUCUUCCAGCAUGGCGAUCUGGUGCAUAUGCCAUUCUGCUGACACUUCUCGAGGAGUCACAGAGACCAGAUUAUCCAGGUUACCUGACACGGCUGCAGCUGCAGACAAUGGCUCAGCCUCUUUGUGACACUUCAUUCAGAAAGUCUGACUCAGGCUCAUUCUACACUGCCUGGUCAUCCAUGGCAGGACUUGUUAAACGAGGUCUUGUGCUACGAAAUGGUUCGCCUGCCAAAUUCAGCUUAUCAGAUGCUGGUGCAGCUAUGGCUCAACAGCUACGUGACGGGAGCGAUGCAUGUGUGUCCAAACAUCUUGCUGCCCCAGAGAUCAUUUCAAUAGAUACAUCAGAUGAUGACAGUCCAAUUUCUGAAACUCAAGAUGGCACUGUUGCUGGUAAUGGAGACGUAGCAACGACACUCAUGUGCGAUAACAAGCAGUGCCUGACUGUCAGUGCUCCCAUACCCAUGAAGAGAAAAGCCACUGCUGCCAACAUGAGAGACUAUGAGAACAGCCAUCUGAGUUCAGUGCAAUCAGAAAAGACUUCUCACAGAAAGAAGUGCUCACCACAAGAGCAAGAAACUGCAGAUAAUACACUCAUCCUGGAACCUGGCUCAUUUGAUGUGAUCCUCCUUGUAGACAAAAAUGAAACAGCUGGAGGGUCUGAGCCGAGACGUCUGCUUGAGGAUGUGGCUGUCUCAGAACUGUCAGCUCUGGGUACGUUGUUCGAGCUGAGACACCUCAAGGUGGCAGAUUUCACAUGGGUAUGUCGUGAUCGAGUGACAGGCCAAGAGCUGGUUCUGCCAUACAUAGUGGAGCGCAAGAGAAUGGAUGACCUUGCCAGUAGCAUCCGAGAUGGAAGAUUCCAUGAACAAAAGUUUCGCAUGAAGCAGAGUGGGCUGCAGAACCUGAUUUACCUCGUGGAGAGUCAUGGAGAUAACAUGCACACAUCCCUGCCACUAGACACGCUGAACCAGGCAACCAUCAACACACAAGUGGUGGACAGGUUCACCGUCAAGACAACUUCCAGCCAUCGUGACUCCAUGCGUUACCUGUCCAUCAUGACACGACUGCUGAGUUCCACAUACUGUAACAAGACCAUUGUCAGCUGCCAUCAUGACCGUCUGCCACGCUGCCAUAUCAGGGAUGAUCUUGUGUCUCUCAUGACAUUCUCAGAAUUCAACAUGGCCUCGAGCAAAACGAAGGCCCUCAAAGUGCAGGACGUGUUCAUAAAGCAGCUCCUUCAGCUUCAUGGUCUUUCAGCUGAGAAGGCACAAGCAAUAGUAGAGCGUUACCCAACACCUCGAGUACUCAUGGCUGCAUUCCAGGCUGAAGGGUCAGCAGGGGAGAAACUGCUUGCCAACAUCCGCUAUGGCUCCCUGAAUCGUCUUAUAGGACCAGUUAUAAGCAGGACCAUCCACAAGUUCUAUACCAACCACCUUCUCUCAUAACAUUGUUACCAGUUGUCACCAGUAUGAAGUGCAGGGGAGAAGCAACUGGAGAGACAUGGAACACAUAUAUACAUGAUUUGCAUGAUCAUGUAUCCGAGAUUUAUAUUUCUAGCCUUAAUAAUCCAAAUACAUUGGAGUACCCAUUAAAUGUUCAUUGGUUUAAGGUUUUCUAUCAUGUAACUUUCAGUGUCAGUGAUCAAGAGCCAGUAAUCUCAAGUUGAUCUAUUGGUAUUCAAAUCUCUCAAAUUAAGGACUGCCACAAUUUUGUCUUACAUAACAUUUUUCAGUGACAAAUCUAUUAUGUUAGUUCAGGUCUGUGUAUAGUCAAAAUUCUGUUUCUUUGACUUGUAUUCACCAGUGAUCAGCAUUUCCCAUAUAAUCAAAGGAGGCCAUUUUUAAGGCUGGGGCAUCCAGUGGUAGAGUGAUCAUGAGUAUGAUUGGCCGAGUGAACCUACAGUUUAACAAGGGUUUUGAACGUCAGAGAUGCAUGAUAUUCUUCACAUCUGAAAAGUUCCGCCUUUUGCGGAGGUAAGAGUGUCAAUCUGUAAGCAGAAAAGUGUGUACAUGGGCCUGACCAAGACCUGAACUCAUAACCCUUUUAAUGAGAGUCUUAAGAAAAGCAAGGACCAUCCUCUAUUUUACAUUCUAAUUAUCAUACUUGCACCAUUCUUCUUAUUAAUGGCAAGGCCAAAUUUCAUAAACUAGUUGUCAGCUUUUGUUUAUAGUUUGUUUUCAUUGAAUUCGUGAUGGCUAGUGGAGGGAUAAAUGAAAUGUAUGAACAAGGAUGUUUUAAAUCCUGAAACAAUCCAUUAUGUACUUUUGCAGUUUAUUAAUUCUGAAAGCAGUUCUAUCUACGAGCCUUUAUUUGUCAUUUCAAGUAAAUGGUACCAUUACUUAAGCAUCUGAUUUCUCUUUCACUGUGUUUUUGCCUUAAAUCUAUACACUUGUAAUUAGGCUAAGAUAAUUUUUUGUGUGAAGUAGUGUGGUAUAAUUAAAAAUAUGUUUAUAUGCUCUUUA